AGACGCACCAAAAAACUUAAUAAAAAUAAAGACCAAGUCGCGAGUUGAGUUCGUGAAGCGGCCAAGCGAAAAAUACGGGUCAGUGUGUGAACAGUUUUGAAUUGAAGUCCAAACCCAAGCAAAAGAAAGGCCAGUUUCCAGUUGUGAAUCAUGCGAAAAGAUUGCCUCAUUAUUGUGCUGGCACUUUUUUGUCAGUUGGCUAUUGUCACGGCAAAGUCUGGAGAGGAUCAUUGGGUUUGGCGCACCUACAGUCGCAGGGAGCGUGCUUUUCGGGAUAAGGAUAUUGAUCGCAAUGCCGCCAUUAACAACUCCUACGACAACAAGCUGAGAAGGGAGCCAACCACAAGGCGACCUUUGCCUGGUGAGCCGGAAAACGAUGAGAUCGAGGAUUACGUGGAUACAGAUUCUGUAGUAACCAACUCAGCCAAUGUGAGCACGCGUCAAUUCAAUCCCUAUUUUAAUCCUAAUGGCUUCCCUGGUCAGCCUACGACUGGUGGACAGUUUGGGGGUCAAGGUGGCUUCGCUGGCAGUAAUCCUGGUGUGCUUGUGGGUCCAGGUGGACCGCCCUUUCCCUAUCCCAAUGCCUAUCAGCCGGGCAUUGGUGGAUUUGGUGGUGCACAGAAUGGACUAGGACUUGGAGGCUAUCCGGGCUUCUUUGGUGGUGCAGGCUUAGGAGGAUCAGCUUAUCCUGGAGUGGGUGGCAACUAUGGCGCCCAACCUGGUGCGGGAUUAGGUCUGGGUCAAUAUCCAGGUGCUGGCAACCAAUAUCCAUAUGGACCUUAUCAAGGAGCCGGCACGAACUUCAACAGCAAUCAGUUUGCAACUCCCGGUGGUCAAUACCCAGGUGGACAAUAUCCAGGAGGACAAUAUCCAGGUGGACAAUAUUCCGGACAGUAUCCAGGCGAACAAUAUUCUGGACAGUAUCCUUCCAAUCAACAUCCUGGACAGUAUCCUUCCACUCAACAUCCUGGACAGUAUCCUCCCAAUCAAUAUGGUGGACAACAAUUCCCAGAGGGCUAUGGACUGACGGGUCUUGGCUUGGGUUACCCUGGUCUAGGCACCAAUGGUUUUGGUGGCAACUUUGGACCUGGUGGCUUUGGAUACGAUGAGAAAUCCCCGACUGUUAUAGAGGGCAAGAGCGCAAAGUCUGUGUCCAUUACUCCCACUUCAGUUAACGAUAAGCUCAGCAAGAAGGUUUAAUUACCUUCUCAUCCCUCCUCAGCUCCUCAUCUCACUUAGUUUACUCUUAGUCUUUAGUAUUUAGAUCAGUGCUAGGUUUAGUGAUUAAAGAUUUUUUUAUUUAAUUAAACAGCAUUGUGAUAUUUCCCCGCAAUUCAAAACUUUGGAAUUUAAUUGGUAAACAUUUUCAACUAUUACUAAUUUUCAUUAUUUUUUAAAUCAAUUGAAAUUUAGUUGAUUUUUUCCACUAAAUUUAGGAUAUAGUUGAAAAAACAGCUUUCACAAAUUUUAUAUUUGAGUUAAGGGACUUAAAAUACUAAAUCACUAUUCGCAGCUCUGAUUUAGGAUGUAUGUUAUCUUUAGUGUAUAUAAAUAAAAACAUGUCCUUGUUGAUCUUUUUAUGGACACUUACCAA